UUUUGCCCUUUUCCAUUCAUCCCUUUUUUGGUGUAUAUCCUUAAUCACGGCUUCUUUCGAAUCCUUCGAACUCACCGUUCUGAUUCAUCGUUCGAUGUCUUCGUAGACCUCUGAAUCAGCCCCUUGUCACUUACCUUAGAGCUGGUGCAUAUAUACAUAACGGAAUUGUCGCGUGUGCGGUCUGUACUACCUCAUAGCUAUCUUUAGUCUCUCAAAUUUCACCGACCGGAGUUGAGAUCAAGCCCAAGAUUCAAGUUACAAACAUGGCUGCGCCGAUUGUGUUCCUCUCGCCUCCUCCGGCCAACCUUUUCAGAUUCCCACCGCAUUCAGUGCCGGAAGCUAUCCCUCCUCCGCCUUUUGAUCAGCCCUUCACCAUACCGGACAACUUAUACGUCAGCGCGUUAGACCCCAAAGUCCCGAUUACGAUCGCAGCUAUCUAUGCAAUCUCUGCCAAAGUGUUGAACGUCUAUAACAAGUCCACCGGCAAGAAACCCUGGGCUAUCAGCAAAACCAGGGCCUUCCAUUUUUUCGUUGUUUUGCACAACGUCUUUCUCGCCGUUUACUCAGCAUGGACUUGGAUUGGCAUGUUCAACGCUCUUCGCAGCACGGUCGUGAGCCCGGCUGGACCUGAUGGAUGGGCUGGUACGGUCGACAGCCUCUGCAAGUUUCACGGGCCUACUGGCCUAGGCAAUGCGCUCAACUACAACCAGAACCAUAGAGUAUGGGAAUCAUUAACUGGCUCCAAUGUUCUAGCAGCUGGGAGUUUCCCCAGCCGGACUGAAACUGGACGACUCUGGAACGAAGGUCUAGCUUUCUAUGGCUGGCUGUUUUAUAUUAGCAAGUUUUAUGAGGUUGUCGAUACUCUGAUUAUCCUUGCUAAGGGCAAGCUGAGUUCUACCCUUCAGACCUACCACCACGCAGGUGCUAUGAUGGCUAUGUGGGCUGGUAUGCGUUACAUGUCGACUCCUAUUUGGAUCUUCGUGUGCUUUAACUCCGCAAUCCACGCUCUAAUGUACACCUACUACACAGUGACCGCUUUCAACAUCCGCGUACCUACUCUGGUAAAGCGCUCCCUCACUUCUCUUCAAAUUUCGCAGUUCAUCAUUGGCGCCUCUGCUGCCAUAAUUCACUCCUUCAUCUCGUACUCGGUUCCGGUCCAAGUGAAGGUUGCCACUUCCGAGGCCACUGCUGUCGUUUCUAGCAUCGCUGCUGCUGCAACUGCUACUCCUAGCUCUGAUAGCUUCCUCGAGAACCUUAAGCAAACACUCUUCGGCACCGCUCAAGUCGCUGGAGCAGCUGCUGUGGUAGCCGACUCCGCAGACCCAUCUGCCAGUUACGUAACCCGAUACCAAAAGGUGGACUGUAUCACAACAACGGGCGCCACUUUCGCAAUCUGGCUAAAUGUCUUCUACCUACUUCCUCUGACCUACCUGUUCAUGUCAUUCUUCGUCGCAAGCUACCUACGCCGCAGCAAGGCAGAAGUCGUACGUGCUAAGGUCAACCCCAACCGGCGUCUUAGCAACGUCAUGUUGGCAGAGAAGGCUAGCUGGGACGCCGCGAAGGGUCUUGAGCGUGAAGUUUACGGCGAAAGCAACGAAGGUGCUAUUGUCGAGGAUAGCGACGACUCUACCGGCAAUGACAACUUGCACCCAUCAUCUGCUGGCCGAUUUAACGAGAAGACGAAUGGCGUGUUGAACGGCAAGCAUUAUUAGAAAUAUACCCAAAAUAUAUAUGCGUUAGACGUUUAAAAACCGGCGCAAGUCGAAUUUGUGGGAAUUACUAAUAACAUAGGUAAGUACCUACUCAUGGGGUACUACAGCGAUACUACGCCGGCGCCCCGGUGCUAUAAUUAAAUCAUAUCCGGAGUUUAGGGAGCCAGGAAAAGGGGUCGCUAUGAAAAACAUGUUGCAUGAAGGGAAUAGGCGAUGGUUUCGAGACCAAGCCUAUGAUGAAGUUUGGAUCAUUGAAAUGAGUGCUGAAUUCAGACUCGUUGUAUAUAUUUGAAAUAAGCGUUAUUGCUUAAGGUGUAGAUAUAGAACACGUUUAAUGAUCAUGUGUUUGAACCUUAA